AUGCCAUGGAAGUUUCCACGACUUCAUGCUGGGCUACGGCCGCCCGCCCUUCAGUGCAUUCGAUAUCAGUCGACUUUAAGCUCACCACCACCUCACCUCAAUCCCGGUUCGAAGGCCAAUCGUGACACGGGCUCCUCGAGCAAUGUUGAAAACCCCAUAGAUCCCGGUCUCUCCGACCUCGGCCGCCUGAUCACCGACGACUUUGCCCACGUCCGCUCUCACUACUCUGUGCCUCGACACCUGAUCGUGCUCGCCCAUGGGCUGAUGGGCUUCGAUGAGCUCCGUCUCGUGGGCCGCUAUCUACCUAGCAUCCAAUACUGGCGCGGGAUCACCGAUGCCUUCGCGCAGAAUGGGAUUGAAUUCAUCACGACCGCCGUACCCACGAUGGGAUCCAUCGAAGACCGCGCCCGCGCGCUUGCCAGCCAGAUCGCAACGAAAGCCCCCGGCCGCGAUGUGAACAUCGUCGCACACAGCAUGGGCGGCCUAGACGCUCGGUACGUGAUCUCGCGCCUAUGUCCGCCGCGGGAGGCGUCACCAUCUCCUAGGAGGCCGUUCCGCGUCCGCAGUCUCACGACCAUCGCGACACCACACCGCGGCUCCAGUGCCGCGGAUAUGAUAUACAACUUUGACUUCAAGUUCAACACCCGCGGCAGUCCUGACGGUGCCUAUGCACUCGGCCCGCGCAUCUCUCGCACCCUCGAGCGCCUGCGCAUCGACGCCCGCGCCUUCUCCCAACUCACCACCACCUAUAUGACGCAGCACUUCAAUCCGUCGACUCCGGACGACCCUAACGUACGAUAUUUCAGCUACGGCGCCUCGGCGACGCCGCAUUUCCUAUCUGUCUUUCGCCUGAGUCACGACCUGAUCACGCCGCGCGAGGGGGCUAACGACGGCCUCGUCAGCGUCGCCAGCGCCCGCUGGGGUGAGUACCGUGGCACACUGGUCGGAGUCACGCAUCUGGAUCUGAUUAAUUGGUCGAAUCGCCUUUUGCGCGUCGCUGCGGGGGUGGGCCUCGUGCAGGAACGAUUUAAUGCCGUGGCUUUUUAUCUCGGUGUUGCGGAUGCCCUUGCCCAAGACGGUUUUUAG